CCUUCACGCGGGGAGGAGCAGGACGGCCCCGCCUCCAGUGCCACACUGACGUGUCCUGCCUCACCCUCCUGUGGACACCACAGCAGUUCUGUGGACAACGACACCUGGACACUGUGGGAGAGUGCCAGGUUUAGUGUGUGUCCAAAGCUAGACACACGUUCCAACCCAGUGGAUGGUUCCAGUCUUGUCCGUGUCUAGCUAGUGGAUGGCUGCAGUGUCACCCGUGUCCAACCAGUGGACAGUUCCAGUGUCACCUGUGUCUAGCCAGUGGACAGUUCCAGUGUCACCCGUAUCUGCCUAUUUAACAGUUCCGGUGUCCAGCCAGUGGGCAGUUCCAGUGUCACCCGUGUCUAGCUAGUGGACAAUUCUAGUGUCACCUGUGUCUAGCCAGUGGACAGUUCCAGUGUCACCCGUGUCCAGCCAGUGGGCAGUUCCAGUGUCACCCGUGUCUAGCUAGUGGACAGUUCUAGUGUCACCUGUGUCUAGCCAGUGGACAGUUCCAGUGCCACCCGUGCCCAGCCAAUGGACAGUUGCAGUGGACAAUGCUAUUAUAGCACCUCCCAAAGUGCCAUAUAAACAUAUCUCACUCCAAUCACUGUGGACAGUGCCAGCCUAGGAUGCUCUAAGCUGGACACCGUGUCCACCCAGCUUACAGUGCCAAUCACAGUGUCUACCGUGUCCAGGACACCUGAGACCCCAAUAGCAGUGUCACGCCGAGAAACAGUGUCGUUAUUUUAGCCACUAACAUAUAAAAUACAAAAUCUCUCCACGGAUUAUGGGAAGAUUUGAAAACCAUUUUAAUGUGAUAGUGCCGGGUAAAAACCCGUGUGGGUUGUGGCUGACGUAGUGGAGACGCACACGGGAAUCAUUCCCAAAACCUGGAUGGGUUUUUAGGCCGGAAUACGGAAUCGAUUCUGGUUUUUUUUUAGUUAUAUUGAAAAAAAAAAAGUUUUGGAGGGCAUUUCGGUGGGUAGGAAGGUCUGGAAAGGGGGUUCACGAACCCGCCUUGACGGACGGGAGGGGCUCACGAAUCUGGACGGACGGGCGGGGGUUCACGAACCCGCCUUGACGGACGUCAAAUCUCUUGGAGAAAACAGUGAAGCAGUUCCCAGAGUUAGAAGGGAACCCGAGCAGCAUUAGAAAGGAACCCGAGCAGCAUUAGAAAGGAACCUCCGCAGCAUGCUGCCGCAGGGGCUCCACGAGGUGUUGGUGGAACACCCGCUCUCAGCAGGUGCUAGCUUCGGUUCCUUAGCAGUGGAUGAGAGCUCACCUACACCUUACUCUGACGCCACCCAGACUAAGAAGCAUCCGCCGAACCACAUCAAGCGGCCCAUGAACGCCUUCAUGGUGUGGUCACAGAUGGAGAGGCGGGAGAUAGUGAAGUUCGCUCCGGACACCCACAACGCAGAGAUCUCCAAGCAAUUGGGACGCCGCUGGAAGUUACUGACGGAGGAGCAGCGGAGGCCCUACCGUGACGAAGCUGAGCGUCUGAAGCAGCUGCACAUGCGCGAGUACCCGGACUACAAAUACCGCCCACGUAAGAAGUCGAAGGACCCGCUGAAGGGCGUGUCUGAGCGCAGCGGUGGAAAGGUCUCCAAGGUCCAUCAAAUGAACAACAUCUGCAAGGAGUUUGCCAGCAGUAUCAAGGCCAAGGAAGGUUCCAUCGGCAAAUCACAGCUGGAUCUUCACACGCUGGAAGAUCGCGUCAGCUGGCCACUUCCGCUGACUCCUGCCUCUCCUCCGCGAGUUCCAACCAGUCCUGCCUCCUCUGAUCUCCCUGACUCUCCUGAGAGCGCUUUCAACUUUGACGACCACGCCUUCAUCAGAACUUCUAUGGUAACCUACACGCCGACGCCCACCCACAGCUACACCGCAUCAGGAGAGGCUCACCAACGAUCUGCAUCAAUCACCAAUACUUCCUUCUCUUACCACAACGUUGUUCCAGUCUCUUCACCUAACAGUACCAGAACAAGCAGCUGUGUGUACAAUGUUCCUCAAAGACAACAAUCUUACCAGCCAAAUUUCUACCAGGAACAGAAGCUGGUACACAGUUACCUGAAGCCUGAGGCUAUUACAAGCAUGGGCUACUUGAAGCGUCAACAAGAGUAUCAAGAACAGUUACGUGCGCAGCAACAGCAGCAGCAACAGCAGCAGCAACAGCAACAGCAGAAGCCAAACUACCACCACCAUUCCCACCACCACCACCAACAGCAGAAGCCAAGCUACCAGCAUCAAAAUCCUUGUCUGUACUCGCCUGUCAGUACUCACUCUUCGUUCUUUAACUCAGCGGCUGCGUCACAGCAGCAUCACCACCACCACCACCUCCACCACCACCACAGUCACCAUCACCAACAACAACAACACCAGCAACAACAACAACAGCAGCAGCAACAACAGCAGCAGCAGCCGCAGCCAACAGCACCUUCGGUAAAAGUGGAGGCUCAGGAAACCCAGCCCGCGACUCUGGACGACCUAGACAACAUCGGGGUCACCGAACUCAUCCCCAUGACCUCUGACCUCAAGGUGGAGCUGGAGUCUCUGGCUGACCUGGGCUACGAGUCUGGUGGGUCAGCAGCAGGCAGUGGGUGGGCCAGCGUGGGCGUCACAGCCACUACCACUCCCAACGUUCUCGCAGACUUCGAAAUCAUGAACGCAUGGAUCAACUCUUGAACGUGUCGUGUAUAGACUCGAGACAACCGUUCACUGUCUUUCAUAACGAAUGUAUUUAACGAAAUCCAAAAAAAAAAAAAAAAAAAAAAAAAAAAUACUUGCCC